UGUCCUAGAAAAAACGCAUUAUUCUUUUCAUCUGUCUUUCUUUUUCUUUCUCUCUGCCUCCAUCAGGAUCAUUCAAUUUACCUCAAAAUAAACAAUUUUCUCUUGUUAUGGCUCUUUUGGUGUAUCUUGUGCUUUUCCUAGCCUUCACUUAUCAUUCAAGUGCUCUUUACUGUAUAUGCAAAGAUGGUGUGAGUGAUCAAACCCUUCAGAAAGCAAUAGAUUAUGCUUGUGGAACUGGAGCUGACUGUACCCCUAUUCUCCAAAAUGGAGCUUGUUACCAACCCAACACUGUGAAGGAUCACUGUAACUAUGCAGUAAAUAGCUAUUACCAAAGAAAGGGUAAUGCUCCUGGAACCUGUGAUUUUGCAGGUGCUGCCACAACCAAUGCAAAUCCACCUACUACAUCAUCUGGAUGUGUCUACCCUUCAAGUCCUAGCAAUGCAGGAACAACACCAUCUACUGGUUCACCACCAGGCACAACACCAUCAACAGGUGGUACAACACCCACAUUUGCAAUAAGUCCAACAUCUACAACUGGUAUCAACAAUGCCAAUGGAGCUAGUUUAAAACCCACUAACAACACUAAGUUGCUAUUGCUCUUUUUUGUUCUAACCCUUUGGUUAGCAAUGAGGGUCUAAACUAAAAGGUACAGUGGCACCACUGGACUAGGAAAAAAAUUGUGGGGGGUUUUCAUGUAAUUUUGCUUCUGGGAAUCUUCCACAAGCAAAACCGGUUUUUCUUUUUUUUUUUUCUUUCUUUCUUCCUAGUGAAAGAAGAGUAGGGAAUUUGGUUUUCUUGUUUAGUGGUGUUAUAUUUUGAGUAUGUAGGGAAUUUGGAUUUGGAAGUAGAAUUUGAUUGAAUUUUCCUCUUGACUUUUCUCCA